UAGCAACAUGGCCGUCGGUCAGUCGGUAUCGAACCGCCGCAUUACGCGAAGCUCCUACGACCCUCGUCGUAGGACCGCCGCCGCUUUAAAACGAGAUUUCGGAAUCUCGUGAACGUGAAGGACGAUUUUUGUACCGAUGGCAUCGGGUUUCCGGCCUUACGCACCCAUCGAGGUCGGCAACGCUAGCGCGACAUUUUCGCUUCAAAAACGGUUCUACCGGUUCGAAACGUGUACCCGGUAAUUCUGGCCAGAAUCGAAUUUGAUUUCGAACUUGUACAAUAGGAUUAAAAGAAUACAAUCAUUUGAAAUUGUUUGUUGGUAAUAAAUUUUUUAAUAAAAAUGGAUUCUGGAGUGAGUCAAGGGAAGAAACAAAUUCGUGUUGGAUUUUAUGAUAUUGAAGGCACCAUUGGCAAAGGAAAUUUUGCAGUGGUAAAACUAGCUAGACAUCGUAUUACCAAGACAGAGGUAGCUAUUAAAAUAAUUGACAAAACACAAUUGGAUCCUACCAAUCUUGAAAAAGUUUAUAGAGAAGUAGAAAUAAUGAAGCAAUUAGAACAUCCACACAUUGUCAAAUUAUAUCAAGUAAUGGAAACAAAAAAUAUGAUAUAUAUGGUGUGUGAAUAUGCAAGCAAGGGUGAAAUAUUUGACUAUAUUGCAAGAUAUGGAAGAAUGGGAGAACCCAGAGCUCGGGCAACAUUUGCUCAAAUACUUUCUGCGGUUGAAUACUGCCAUGCAACGGGUGUAGCACAUCGUGAUCUCAAAGCUGAAAAUUUACUCUUAGAUGCUCAGAUGAACGUUAAAAUUGCUGAUUUUGGCUUUAGUAAUAGAUUUUCACCUGGAGAGAGACUAAGUACAUGGUGUGGUAGUCCUCCUUAUGCAGCACCAGAAGUUUUUCGAGGAAAACAUUAUGCUGGUCCUGAAAUUGAUGUGUGGAGUUUAGGUGUUGUAUUAUAUGUACUAGUAUGUGGAGCACUGCCCUUUGAUGGAUCUACCCUCCAAUCUUUAAGAGAUCGUGUUUUGAGUGGAAGAUUUAGAAUUCCAUAUUUUAUGAGUACAGAUUGUGAAAGCUUAAUACGUAAAAUGUUAGUUCUGGAACCUGCAAAACGAUAUACCAUUCCACAAAUAAAGAGACAUCGCUGGAUGGCUGGAUCAGCAGACACUAUUUGUUCAAUGAUUAUAACAAGAUCAUCAUCUUCAUCCAUCCAAGAACCAAAUGAACAAAUACUUCGACUUAUGCAUAGUUUAGGCAUAGACAUCACGCGAACCAGAGAGUCAUUGAGGAAUAGUAGCUAUGAUCAUCAUGCUGCUAUUUAUUUCUUAUUAUUGGAAAGGCUGAAGCAACACCGUGUCACCAGUACAGCAAACAAUACUUGCUGGCCGAGCGUUGCAAGAACAAAAGAUGACAAAUUCAAAUCAAGAACAAGGGAAGACGCAACUCGCGGUGGAAAAAGAUUUAGUUCAACUAGUUCUUCGACUGAUGAAGGAUGCUGUAGUGCGGAAGGUGAAUUAGAGGAAGGUCCAAGUGGUGAUGAAUUGAGAGAAGCUCAAAUUAAACUCGAGGAACAUAGACUAGGCCUAGAUCAUGAUAUCAGUCAACGAAUUGACAGUCAAAUAGUUAAUCGAAGAUUAAGUGAUUACCAACAGCAUUUUGAUACCCCACUUAUGGAUUCUAUUGAUCCUCCUAGUCGAACGACAUUGUUUAUUGCGGGUGGUAGUGGUAGUUCAUCAUCCGAGCUUUUUGAAUCUAGUUUUGAUUCUGGUUGCCCACCAGACUACUCAGGGGCAAAUUCAUUUACAAGUAGCUUGCCCUCUUGCACGCCUCCACCACCUAUGAGCCCAUCGCCAAUUAGCGGUAGAAUAUCUAGAGUUUCUCAAGGUCGUAGAGCUUCAGAUGGUGGACCUAGAUUAUUAUUUUGUCAACAAGGCGGAGGGGACAGACCGACCAAGCAGCGAAGUAUUCAAGACUCUGGUAAGGCUAGAGGCCAUUUAGAUCUUGUUCAUUUGAGACCACCAUCUACGCCGCCAGAAAAUCAAACACAGUUUAAAAUUCGUGGCGACUCCAGUACACAGCUACAGCUGUUAGUGCAACAGCGUAUGUUGCAACAAAAACGAAACUUAUAUCACAGACAUAGAGGUGGAGGCAGUCCUACUCCAAUACCAGUAUCAACAAGUACCACGAGUAGACGCGUUGACCACGUACCGAGACAAGACAGUUAUAAACUAGCUCAAAGAACACAGAUCUUACCACCUUUAUCUCAGGGACAUGUUGAUAGAGACUUUGAUAGAGAAAGAAAACGAGAUGAAGAAAGAUGGAAAAGUCUACCAUCUCGACUUGCAGCAGAUUGUCAGUUAGCAGAAAGGACACUGCUGUGGAGCCAACAGAAGAAAAUAUAUCAGGUGGGCCUCAGUGGAGGAGCAUCAUAUUUGCCACCUGGCAGUGUAGGUGGCUUCUUGUGGCCCACUGGAAGCAACCCUCAUUCAACCAUCUUCGAAAACGUUGGAGAUCCAAUGGAAUAAACAUCUAAUCCUGUUGUAUUUUUAGUAUUGGAGAUUUUGAGUCUGAAAGACUAGAUUAGAUACAAGAAAUACAAUAAGCAGUAUUGCCUUCCUAGUCUUUCCAUAUCAGUAUUUUCAUUUAUAUAAUUAUGUAUUUUAUUAUAUAUAUUUUAAGUAUUCAAGGAGAAUAUUGUAUAAAUUUCAUUGUAGAACUGUUUCCUCCGUGAUAUUCUAGCUUUCAUACACAAAAUCUUUAAUUAAAUGGAAGGUACAUGUUACUAAAUGUCAAAGAUUUCUUCUUAAUUAAAUUCGGUUUUACAAUCAAUAUGCUUUGAACAGCAUAAUUUAUCACAUAUCUUUAUACAUUUAUACACUUCAUUCAUUAAAAAAUCAUACAUAUAUCACACACACACACACAUACACACACAUAUAAUAAAAAAUGUAAACAUUGUUAAAAAUCUUUGUCAUGUAGUAGCAUGUGCGCCUGCCUUAUUAACUGGCUGAUUUUAUCAGUCAAAUAUAUCCAAUUAUGUCAUAGACUGAUAAUUAACAAGAGAAAACACCAAUCGAGUUUAUAUUCAUGAGCAAGUGGCAUAUGUCUUGCUUUACAACGACUAUGUUUAAUUGGAAGUACAACAUGUAUACGCGUGCAUAUUUUAAUGAUAAUUAAUGAAGAGUGCUUUUGAUGUGCUUCCUGAAUACAUUUCGAUAAAUUAUCAUAUAAUGGUGGCAAUGUAUAAUCUGUACGCGUCUGUUAUUUUCAUCGUAUUAUAACGCAAUAGAAUCAGAAGAUAGUAUACAAAACAAACUUAAAAUUAAUUUAUGCAUCUUAUAACUUCCAUAUGAAAAUUUUAGACAACUGAGAGUUAGCUAAGAUAUUUAGUCCAGAUUAAAAUUUGGGAAACGAAGUAAGAAAAACCAGUGCUCAAAUACGAAAAUAAACUAUAAAUAUGUUAUAACAUGAAAUAGAGACACAAUAAUCUUCACUUCACAGAAACACUUGAGAUAAACUUUAUUUAGAACUGUGACUGCAAGAACUAUGCCACUUAUGCUUUUCUAUGCAAUUUAUUGAAGAGUGGAGUUAAUAAAAUGAGAGAGCAAGAGAAAAAGAGAGAAAGAAACCAUGUUAAAGUUUUUUGUUACACAUUUUUAUUGAUAACUAUUCUAAUAAUAUUGUACAAAACUACGUGUUUCAUCAUUCCACUCUUCAUUAUGAUCGUUAUAGAAAAUUAAGAAAUAAUAAAAACAAUAAAUAGUGAUAAAUAGUAGCUGCUGUUUAAAGAAGUAAAAAAAGUGCUGCAUUCUGUAAAGAUGUUUAAAUAAAAUUGUUGUAUAUAUAAUAUUUAACAAAAUGACUGUUUACAUUUUGAAUUAUACGUUUUUUAUGCAUUUUCAUUUUCUACAUAAAAUACAAAUUGUAUCAAUAGUUAUCGAUACAACAUUUUGCAUAAAUGUAAGUACAAAGUUAUCAUUUUACUCAGAAUGAAAACCAAAUAGUUUUGCUUUACAAGCUUUUUGCACGGUUAUUAUUAAGUGAAAAGGAAAGGAAUCGAUAAUAACUUCAACAUGUCUGUACAUUUUGAUACGAAUACAGCACUUUUUAAAAGCAAAUAUAUAUUAGGUCCUAGUAGUCUAGUCAGUAGGAAGCAAUACCGGCCGCGCACAACUGACAACGACUUUAAUAUUCAAAUUUUCCGCCAUUUUUUACCCAACAAAAACAAUCAAACUUCGCUCAAAAAAAUCUUUUGAUAAGUAAAAAGAUAGCUGUUAAGUUAGCAUAAUCAUGCGAGAUCUUGUUCUGGCAUAUUGUUCCCGAAAUAACAUUCCGAAAACUGUUUUAGAGGAACUCAGGAAUUGAAAAUCAGUUUUGGCAUUGUUGCAUUUUUCCAUCCAUGUCUUUUUUGUAAUUAUAAAAAUUUGAAAUUGCAUGAAACAGACAUCAUCUAUAAACGUGUAUCGUUGAUUUACUAGUUAAUAAAUUUGUUUUAUUGAAGUAUCAUUGAAUUUUGCAAAAUCAUUUUUGUCAGCAGUAAAAGAAUUUACAAAAGGUUAGAUGAUAUGAAAUUAUUUGGCAAUGUACUGUACAGCUAACACGUACAAGGAAAGUAAUUGUUUACCAUUGAUUAAUAUAGUGUUAAAAAAUAUUAAAACAUGAUCUAAUUACACAAAUCUAAUGGAAACGUGCAAUACAUUCCACUCAUAAUUGAAAUAGGUCGUUUUUGUACUUGCAAUAAAUUAAUAUUUUGUACCAAAUUAAUAUCUGAUUUCCUUAAAGUUAUGUGUGAUGGUAAAUAAUUACUGUUUAUAAACUACAAAACUGUCAACAAAUGUAUACAUUGUGCGUAUGAGCAUAUUGAAUAAAAUAUUAUGCAAACUAUAAAA